AUAGCGAGCCCCUGUCUCCCUAGCCAACACUAGAUUGCGCUGAUUAUCGACGAGUCGACGUGCAGGAUGUUAAGAGUCAGCACCCUUGAGGGACUAGGACGGCGUGGCAUCGUGGUCCAGACUUAGUCAGAACUCGGACUUCGGUGAUGAUUCGACUACGAGUAAUCCCGUGGCAUCCACUUCAGCCAGCAGUUCUCAUGAAAUUACUUCGAAGAUGUAAAUUGAUUACAGUGGGCCGAGAACCGGCUAGCCGUCGAGGACGGGGGCAGAGGCUCCUUAUAUAGCCAGUCGUGAGCCCCCAGCCCUUAUCAAGCACGCGAUAGCACGCCAUCUCAGGAACCUAUCUUCGUGAGAGACGAUCCUUCAGUUAUGUCUCGCCAGAUCGACAGGGUCCCAACGCCGGCUCACGUGAAGCCUAAGAAGCUGAUAGUGCUUAGUGCACCUAGAACCGGCACUCAUGGCCUCUAUAAAGCUAUGAAAGUGCUAGGUUUUACGCCUUACCAUAUGGCUGAGGUCCUCAAGAUCGGAACACCAGCAGUCAAUAUCAUGAAUGACGGACUUAGUGCCGAAAUGCUCCAUAAUGGCAAGCCAUAUACCCGUGCCGAGUUCGAUAAAUGGUUCGCCGACUAUGAUGUUAUAAUUGAGAUGCCAUUCUUCAUGCUUCACUCGAUAAUAAAAGCAUACCCAGAUGCUAAAUUCCUCCUGACCGAGCGAAAUCCCGAAAAGUGGGUUAAGUCUUUUGUUAAUACCAUCGGGAAGUUGUCAGUAGAAUUGGGGUCCUUCCCGAUGUCCUUAUUCAGGUUGUUCGACGGUUUCAUCGACGGUAUGGGUUAUAUGGGGAGUAAUAUGUUGAAUUACUACUCCAAUGGUUACGGCUUGACCCCGACAGGACAGAAGUAUCUUGCUGAGAACUAUAUGAACUACAUUGCCGAAGUGAAGCGAAUUGUUCCACCAGAGCAGCUAUUGGUAUGCAAGCUCGAGGAUGGGUUCGGGUGGGACGAAAUAUGCCCAUACCUGGGGGUACCGAUCCCCGAUACUGAAUGGCCGUCGCUCAAUAAACCAGAGGAAUUCCACGAAAUCGCGGGCCCUAAGGUGCAGCGCGCAUUCAUGAAGGGUUUGGUUGGCAUGACGUCCAUAGUAGUCCCCGUUGCUGCUGUAGGUUUAUGGUACCUGAGAAAGGGAAGAUUGGCCGUCUGAAGUCACAGUACAGACAUUAAGCAAGUAUACAUACUUGCAUACACCUUCAAUCCAUCUCAUAUGAUAGAUAUUAGGACCAGAAAGAGAUCUGCGUUGCUAAGGCGGAACAGGUAUGUAUUGGGGCAGUGAUUUGAGCUGAAGAGGGCAUCGGCACCCCGGUCCGAGCGUGGCGGAAGAAUGAGAUUCGCGAAUUGGAUUCAUCCAAAGAAUCUGGAGUCCAGAUGUUUCUGCGUCUCGUCCUUCAUGAUGCGAGAUGUAGAUAGCCAAACGUUGCUAUCAUAAGGCAGAACGUCUGGAGAUCAUGAUUUGAGCCAAACUAUAAAUUCAACUUCGCAUACAUUCAAACUGCAGUGCCU